AUGGCUGCGGAAGCACCCACAGUGGCUAACGUUGUCAGCCUGCAAAUUUCUCUUCCUCAAAUGCUCGAUCUUGCUCUCGGAACGCCGGAGGUUGGCGUGGUUAACUUUAACAUUCUUCAUAAUUUCCUCCACGUCUUGUUGCAACAAAUAAAUUUACAAGCUACCAAAGUGGAAUACCGCGACGAAAACGCGGAUCGUAUUAAAACGAUGGUCCAGUCCUUGAAACUGGGACCUACUCUUUACCUUCAGGAAUACAACAUUACCAAUGGUACUGGUAAAGUAUCGCAACGAAUUCGAGAAGAUGCGGACGUUACAAUAUUUACAGAAGAUAUCCAACCCUCUGCGGAGGAAGAUUUAAAAGUGACGAAAGGGGUAAAGCAAGAAAUAGGUCCUGAAAAGGAAAGCGAACCUCAGACGGUCAUUUUCGUGGAACCUGUCGUAAAUGGUUCUCCUCCUACAGCUUUAGCAUUUAAGGAACUCCAACAAUCUGUGAAACAGUUACAACAGCAGUUUCAAGCUCUGGAGGACUUAUCUACGACUCCGGAAAUAGUCGAACGUUUAAAUGGCAGAAACGGAAGUCCUGUCGCAGAUGUGUGGCAAUUCAUAAAUAUCAAUAAGAGAUUAGACGCGAGCGAACAAGGUAUCGAGAAGCUCACGACAAUGGUAGAAGAUGUGAUUAAAGGCGAUAUGGGUGUAAUUGCAACAGCAGACAUGUCGUUGAUUAACACAAGAUUGGGUGAACUCGAAGAGAAAGUUGCAAAGAUGGAGCUGAAGCUCACCGAUUUGCAAACGAUUACCAAUAUUUUACUUGAAGAUAUAUCGCCAACUGCUGAUAAUCAUAUAACAGCAGCAGCAGAAACCGCAGAAACAGCAACGGAAGCCACAGAAGCCGCAGCGGCAGCAGAGAUCGUAACCGAUAAAGACACCGUAUCAUCCCCUGUAAAAGAAGAAACGGCAAAGGAAAUUUCUAAACCAGCAGCUGACAAAAUUACGACAGUCAGCAAAAUUGCUGCUCGAUUGACAAUUCCGGAAAUACGCCAAGAUGUCGCUACAUUGAAAGUGGAUGUAGCUAAGAUACAACAGGAGAUGCAAGAUCUUAACGAAAAAAUUGCACAAAUAGUUAAAGAUAAAGAGAGAGUAGUUGAAGAGAGUGAUGCUGCGAAAUUGGAGCAGUGCCUAGAAGCUGUGAAAAACGUGGAGACGACGCAUAGCAAAAUCAUGAACGAUAUUACUCAACGCGUGAUUGCAUUGGAGAAAGAAAUUGAGCAUUUGUCAGAAAAAGUGAACGUUAUGCAAGCAACGGAUAAAACAGAUGACAUUGAUAUUGAUAUUAAUGAACUUGUUACAAAAAUACAAGGAAUAGAAACGGAUAUGGAAAGAAUCGGAGAAACGAUAGACAAACUGUUCGAUGAUAAAGAGAAAAAAGAAACGCGCAUUAAUACAUUGCUGGAACAAAUAGAACUUCUAAAAACUGUUAAAGCAGACAAGGAAGAUCUCGAAGAUGCUUUGGCUGAUAAAGCGGACACUCAAACCGUUAACAGAAAAGUAUCACACGAUCAAUUCGACGCUGCCUGUGACGAUCUCUCGCGUGGUCUCGAAGAGGCGAUUGAUAAAUUGACUAAGCAAGAAUCGAUUUGGCAACAAGCGCUUGACGAAGUGCAGAAUGAAAUUGCGGCCAAGGUGGAUAAAAUCGAGAUGACGCCGUUGAAGGAUUUCAUGAAUAAGAAAUUGAAGUCGCUUCAAGAAAAGCUGAAAAUCAUGGCCGAGGCGAGGCGCGAGAUCGAGGCGGCUGGAACAAAGAAGCUGCUCAGAGAUGUUCAGUGUAUAUCCUGCGACAAGGACGUCGUGAUGAAAACAGAGGAAACCGGCAGAUUUCGUGCCGAACCGUUGCCUUGUACCGUCAGUAUGAAGCCUUAUCUCACAUAUCAGUUGGAUCAAGUUAGGAAGCAACAGAGAAAAUUGCCUCACAGCAGAAAUAUGAUCCAAUUUGAGGCGGCAAUGCAGGAGGAGGCCAAGAAAAUAAAAGCAGCAAAGGAAGAGAUGCUCGCAAGAACACCCAGAGAUCAUUUCUGCAACCGAUAUUGCGGCGGGAGUCACACAGUCAUGACUCCUCAUCAAAAGGUUAUGCGGGUAGAACAUUUUUUAACCCAAUGGGGACCCCAGACAGUACAAUUAACAGACGGUUUAAUAAAGGGGAAAGACGGUAAGAUGUAUCGUAGCCGAUUAUUGCCGGAUAAGCUGGACGUCUGCGGACCGGCUUGCUGGGAAAGUCAAAUUAGCGAGGAAACUCGAUCCUCGGUUUCUCAGGAACAUGCGCCACUUACUUCGACGUCGGUUCGUAGGUCUUCGCCAAUUCAACGAAAUAACACUGGAAAUGAAAGAUAUAAUGCAAGAAAACCAUUGAAGGAACCGAGGAUGUUUGAACUGGCGGAAAAACCGAUUGUAGAAGCGAGCCAAAUGACACUGCCACAAAAAAUUGUCGACGAACGCCCGAUAUUUAUCCCAGCUGGACUUCAAGAUGAGAUCGUGCUAUACGAAACUAACAAAGCGAUAGAGGGAGAAUAAAUGAUAGAAUACACUUAGUAAAAGAAAAAUUAUAUGAUCGAAAUCCAUUUAUAUAUUAAUAAUUUUAGAUACUUUUUUUGGAAUGAU